AGUUUAAUAUCUCAAUUAUUUUGGGAUCAACCCCUCAAAACAUAACUUCUCCGUUGAGGCUGAAUGAAAUUGAGAAUGGGCAACUUGUACCAGUAUGCUGUGAUCUUGUUGCCAAUCAUCCUGAUCAUCAAAUUCUUAUUCCAUGGAAGGCAGAGGCAGAGGUAUAGGCUGCCGCCAAGUCCAUUUGCACUUCCAGUAAUAGGCCACCUCCACCUCCUCAAGCCGCCGCUCUACCAAGGCCUACAGGCUCUCUCAUCCCAAUACGGUCCCAUCCUCUUUCUCCGAUUCGGUUGCCGUCCGUUCGUCGUCGUAUCCUCUCCUUCCGCUGUCCAAGAAUGCUUCACCAAGAACGACGUUGUGUUGGCAAACCGGCCUCGGUCGAUGAUUGGGGAUCACGUUACUUACAACUACACCGCCUUCGUCUGGGCUUCUUACGGCCAUCUCUGGCGCGUCCUCCGCCGCCUCACCGUCGUUGAGAUUUUUUCUUCCAACAAACUCCUGCUCCUUUCAACCGUCCGUGAGGAAGAAGUCCGUUACCUUCUUCGUCAGCUGUUUAAAGUCUCAAACGACGGAGCCCAAAAGGUGGAUAUGAGGUUAUAUCUCUCUCUUUUCAGCUUUAAUUUCAUCAUGAAAACGAUUACUGGAAAGCGGUGUAUCGGAGAGGAGGCUGAAGGAAUAGAGACGAAUAGGCAAUUUCUUGAACGAUUGAAGAGGAUCUUCGUUCCCACCACUACCACGAAUCUGUGUGAUUUCUUUCCAAUUUUGAGGUGGGUGGGUUACAAAGGGCUGGAGAAGAGUGCAAUGCAGUUUGGGAAGGAGAGAGAUGGGUACUUGCAGGGCAUGUUAGAUGAGUUCCGACGAAACAAUAGCGCAGUGGAGUGGCAAAAGAAGAGGACAUUGAUCGAAACCCUCUUGUUCCUCCAACAAUCAGAGCCCGAUUUCUACACGGAUGACGUCAUCAAAGGUCUGAUGCUGGUAGUGAUUUCUGCGGGAACGGAUACAUCAUCAGUGACCCUGGAAUGGGCAAUGUCUAUUCUGCUGAAUCAUCCAGAGGCAUUGGAGAAGGCGAGAGCGGAAAUUGACCGCCAUGUCGAACCGGGACACUUGCUAGAUGACUCGGAUCUUGCCAAGCUUCCAUAUCUCCGCAGUGUGGUCAAUGAGACGCUUAGACUUUAUCCCACGGCUCCUCUUCUGUUGCCUCAUCUGUCAUCUGAAGAUUGCAGUGUGGGUGGGUUUGAUAUUCCGCGGGGUACCACCGUGAUGGUGAAUGUUUGGGCAUUGCACAGGGAUCCCAGGGUGUGGGAGGAGGCAACCAAGUUCAAGCCAGAGAGAUUCGAAGGGAUGGAGAAUGAGGAAAAAGAAGCGUUCAAAUUCGCUCCAUUUGGUAUAGGAAGGAGGGCAUGUCCAGGAGCUGCCUUAGCUAUGAAGAUAGUUUCACUGGCAUUAGGUGGGCUCAUACAGUGCUUUGAGUGGGAAAGGGUGGAGGCAGAGAAGGUGGACAUGAGCCCAGGCUCGGGAAUUACCAUGCCCAAGGCUAAGCCUUUGGAGAUCAUCUUUCGGCCCCGCCCCACCAUGACUAGCCUCCUUUCUCAACUUUGAAUGCCUUUAUACUAUCCCACUUCUAAUAGAAUAAGAUGUUGCUAUUGCAUCAUGGUUAUCCCCACAGACAUUUGAAUCUUAUAUAUGAUACAUUUGAAUCAGGUAUUUAUAUAGUAGAAUAUUUUCUUGCAUCCAAAA